AUGGACAACAACAUACCUCAACCCAACGCCCCAAAGGCGACCAUCAGGAUCGAAGAACCCUCUUUCCCAAAAGAAACCGACGAUCCCGACCUAAGUCAGCGGGCGCCCCAAACCACCGGGCACGCAACCGGCAUCUCAACCGGCAUAAACUUUCGCUCGCGCGGCAGCUCCCUGUCCAGCUCUCACCGGCCCGAACUAGUCGGCGGCGUAUUCAACCCUCGCAGCAUCAUCUCUCGCGGGAAAAGACCGGCCGAUAGCCGGUCGUCUCAUGAUGGCGCCGCCUCGCACUCGCAUCUUGAUAUCGAGGAGGGCGAUGAUUGGCGUGGUGGACACGAGAAGAAGAAGCAGGUGUUUAAAGGAAGGACGCUGUUGUGGUUGGCUUAUCAAUCUGUUGGUGUGAUUUAUGGCGAUAUUGGGACGAGUCCGCUUUACGUGUUCUCGUCGACAUUCACUGCACCGCCCUCGCACGCCGAUUUGCUCCAGGUUCUUUCGGUUAUUAUUUGGUCCAUCACCAUUCUCGUCACGUUCAAGUACAUCUUUGUCAUUUUGCAUGCGGAUAAUGAGGGCGAGGGCGGCACCUUUAGCUGUUACUCGUUGCUUACCCGGUUUGCCAACAUCACUGAGCGCGACCCGCGAGAACAAGUGACCGUCCGGAUGGAGAGACAUCUAACCAAUGACCUUCACCCCCCUACACGCAAUUUGCGCGCCAAACUCGAAGGAAGCAGGUUCACCCAUAUUCUUCUCAAAGUCAUUGGCGUCCUGGCCGUAUCCAUGGUCAUGUCUGACGGUGUCCUUACUCCGGCUCAGUCUGUCCUCGGUGCCGUUCAGGGAUUGUCCGUCGUGAAGCCUGAUAUCUCCAAAUCCACCGUCACUGGCACAACAUGCGGCAUCCUCGUCCUCCUCUUCCUGAUCCAACCACUCGGCACAUCUAAGCUUGCCACCACGUUUGCGCCCAUCGUUAUCGUCUGGCUGGGCUUGAACUUUUCUUUUGGCAUCUACAACUUGGUCACAUUCGACUGGACGGUCUUGAAGGCUUUCAGUCCCUAUUUCGCCUUCCAGUUUUUCAUCCAGCACAAAACGCGCGCUUGGAGGAUGCUUGGUGGUGUUCUUCUGUCCUUCACAGGCGUCGAGGCACUCUUCGCCGACUUGGGAGCCUUCAGUCUCCGGGCCAUCCAACUCAGCUGGAUGUGCUACACCUACCCAUGUCUGCUGCUAGCAUACAUCGGACAAGCGGCCUACAUCAGCCAUCACCCGGACGCCUACACGAACCCCUUCUUCAACGCGACGCCUCCUGGAACCCUGUACCCAAGUCUGGUCAUUGCCAUUCUUGCUGCCAUAGUAGCCAGCCAAGCCAUGAUCACGGCAACCUUCCAGCUCAUCAGUCAGAUCAUGAAGCUUUCCUACUGCCCCCAGGUCAAAGUCGUGCACACCUCGCAGACCUUCCACGGGCAAAUCUACGUUCCUUUUGUCAACUGGCUGCUCAUGCUGGGCGCCAUCCUUGUCACUGCCGUUUACGGAGACACCGUCAAGCUAGGAAAUGCCUACGGCGUGUGCGUCAUGUUUGUCACCUUCUUCGACACCUGCAUGGUCACGCUCGUCUCUCUCAUUGUCUGGAGGCUGUCGCCUUUCCUUGUGUUCGUCCCCUGGCUUGUGUUCGCUUCCGUCGAUGGGCUCUACCUCUCGGCCGCCUUGAUCAAGGUCCCCGAAGGGGCUUGGUUUACCCUCACGCUCUCCGGCAUCCUAACCUCGCUGUUUUUGCUUUGGCGUUUUGGCAAGGAGAACCAGUGGCGCGCCGAGGCCGAAGACCGGUUCAAGCCGUCCCAUCUCAUUAUAAAAGACAAAGAGGAGGGUGGUCGUCUACGGCUGCAGCCAGUAUGGGGAGGCGACCCGCUCAGCUCGAUCCGCGGAUUUGGUAUCUUCUUCGACAAGACGGGUGUGAUGACGCCUGCGGUGUUCACGCACUACGUGACCAAAUUUGUCGCGAUUCCGGAAGUGGCCGUAUUUUUCCACCUGCAUCCCGUCGAGGUGCCGACGGUGUUGCCAGAGGAGCGGUAUGCUGUCUCGCAUUUCACGGCGGUGCCAGGGUGUUAUAGGCUGGUGAUCAAGCAUGGCUUCAUGGAUGAGGUGAUAAGUCCUGACUUGGCGGCCUUGAUCUACGAACAAAUCAGACGGUUUGUGAUAAGGCAGGCUAUCGAAAGGGCGAGAGCUUUAGAGAAGUUGAGGACGGGUGAAGAUACGGACUGCGAAGGGGAGGGGGAGGCCACAGAGGGGGAGACUUCGCAUCAAGAGAAUCGUCAGGGGCAUCGGGUCCUGAUGGCGUGCAACUCCCCGUCGAGCUCCGCGAUGAAAAGGCAGCGGCAGAACUGGCUCGUCUUGAUCGCGCGUAUGCUUCCAAGAUUCUGUACGUGGUUGGCAAGGAGCAGAUGCGGAUCAAGACCGGUGCGCCAAUUGCUCGGAGGUUCCUGUUGUCGGUGUUCUUGUGGAUCAGGGACAACACGCGGGCCAAGAUUGCAAAUUUGCGCUUGGCCAUGGAUCGCGUGGUUGAAGUGGGCUUUGUCAAGGAGAUUUGAAGGGAUGAUUUGCAACAUGUUCGGCCUUGGUCCUGUGUCUUCGGACCCGAAUUCUAUCCAUUUCCCGUAG